AUGUCGAGACAAUCACGCGGUCCCCCGGCCAGCUCGGCCCCUGCAGCCCCCUCCAGCGGCCGCUCCAACGAGUACUUCGUUCCCAGAGAUGGUAUUGAUCGCGAGGUCAUCACCGCCGAUAUCUGUCGCUACCUCGGAAACGAUGCUCUUGUACGCCCGGGUCACUACGAAAACCCCCAGACCGGUCAAGUAGUUCAGGGUUACUACAUCACGGCCUACAGGAACUUGACAACAGCCAUGAUCGACGACUUGAAGGCCGAUUCUGCGCGAUGGGAAGCAGAGAGGCGGCAGCAGGCCGCCCGGAACACUUCAGGAGGUACCUUUGUCUCACGAGACGCGGCGACUCCUUUGUCGAUACGAUCUAACUCCCCUACAGCAGGGUACCGCCAGUCGGAGACCCAUUCCGCACGCCAACACUAUGGCCCUACGGAUUCCACUGGCUACCCGGACGUGGGACGUGACUCCUAUGACAGCUCCCCCAGAUACCCAGGAUCCCAAGCCCCAGGAUACUCGGGAAACUCCGCCCCGGGCUACCAAGGAUCUCCUGCGGGUUACGCUCAGCAACCCUCCUCUUUUUCUUCUUCAGGUGGUGGGUAUCCGUCCUAUCCCGGAGGCUCGUACGGCCAACAGGACCCCAGGGACCCCAGAUACGCAGGACAGAUGGCUCAGGGAUAUGGGGAACCCCCCUACAUGGCUACCGCCGCGAAUCUGGCCCGAAGCAGCUACACUGCCGAUCCGUACGGCGCCGGACAGCCUUCUCGGACUCCUACCACAAUGGCCCCCCAGCAGCAGGGACAGACUUACUCUUCCGGAUCGCAGGUUCCGGCUGGUUACUCCGGUUUCUACCCGCCCUCGACUUCGGCUCCCUACGGCUCGGCGCCCGUAGCCUCGGACCCAUUGUACGGACGCGCGUCCCCAGCAGGCGGGUCUAUCUCUGGCCAAGGAUCACAGUAUGACCAACCCCCAGCCCCUCGCACUUCCGCCACCCCUACGAAUGCCAAAGCUCAGGUGUCAAGCAGUGGAUCAUCGCACUCCCGCCGUGAGAGGGAGUCAGACAGGGGUCAUCACCAAUCCGACCGCCACCGCCCUCCUCGCCGCUAA